CAAGUCGGGCGCCAAGCGCCGGGCCGGAGCCGCCUUCCCGGAGUCCUUUGCGCGGCACCUGGCGACAAAAUGGCUGCCCGAGGGAGACGGGCGGAGCCUCCGGGCCGGGAGGCGCCGGGCCCCGCGGGCGGCGGCGGCGUUGGGAGCCGAUGGGCUGAGUCGGGGCCCGGGACGUCGCCCGAGAGUGGGGACGAGGAAGCGUCGGGCGCGGGUUCUAGCCCGGUGUCGGGCGGUGUGAACUUGUUCGCCAACGAUGGCAGCUUCCUGGAGCUGUUCAAGCGGAAGAUGGAGGAGGAGCAGCGGCAGCGGCAGGAGGAGCCGCCCCCGGGCCCGCAGCGACCCGACCAGCCUGCCGCCGCCGCCGCCGCCGCGGGCCCUGGGGAUCUGAAGAGGAAGGGCGGCCCGGGCCCCACGCUCAGCUUCGUGGGCAAGCGCAGAGGCGGAAACAAACUAGCCCUCAAGACGGGAAUAGUAGCCAAGAAGCAGAAGACGGAGGAUGAGGUAUUAACAAGUAAAGGUGACGCAUGGGCCAAGUACAUGGCAGAGGUGAAAAAGUACAAAGCCCAUCAGUGUGGCGAUGACGAUAAAACUCGGCCCCUGGUGAAAUGACCCCCUUCCCCGCCUGCCUACGGCCUGGGACUCUCUGCGAUGUACAUAACUAUUUAAUGCAGCGGCAGCGGCGGCAGCCUUUCCCCCCCAAGGACUUCUACACAGAAGGAAAUCGAGAUGCUUCCCGCAGCCGCGGACGAUUCUCCAGGACUCUUUUUUACCUUGAGCACUUGCCUCCUGAGACUUCAUAGAACAGUGGUUUACUGUCCCCUCUUCUCCCACCUCCUUGCUCUCUCUGGCUCUUUCUGUCUUCCUCCCACCCCCACCCCCCCACCCCUCCUUAGCCAUCACUUCUGGGAAGUAAAGAACUUGACUUAGUGCCGAA